AUGGCGGACGUGAUGUACAAGUAGCUGACGUUUGCUUCGAUACGCGCGUUAACGAUUCAUUGGAACGGUCGUAUUGACAUAUUGCUGUGGUGUAUAUAUGCGUGCGUGUGUGUGAUGUGGACGGUGUGAAGUAAAAGUUUCCGGCCGAGAAAAUGUGUUAAAAAUUUGUUGAAUAUGACCGAAGGAGCGGAUUCGUUGGCGCGGAUAUGCGAGAAUUCGCUUACGACCUUGAAACUUGAGGACAAUCUCGAGGAACUUCCCCCGAGAACGAUAUCGUACAAUACCAGGAGGCCACGAUUCGGCACAGGAAACGUUCCCCUUUCGCCCUAUAUAUUAAUCGAUGGAAAGAAAUUACGAAGUUCAUUAGCUUUCACCAAGAAAUCAUCUCCGCGUCGCGUGAGUUUUCCAGCGAAUGACAAUCUACUGGUUACGGGAUAUUUGGAGCCAGCCAAUCCCUGGAAACUCGCUGAAAAUGUGAAUCAGGAAGAUUUAAUCUCUGCGUACAAGGCGUCCUGUAAAAAGCACAACACGGAUCCUCUGGAAAUCAUUAUAAGUCAACUGAAGACCUUAGAUGUAUCGAAAAGGAAUAGCGAAUUACUUAAUUUAAAAGGACAGACGUUGGAUCCCGAUCACUGUGAACCAUUGGAAGAAAUUUUUAAAAGAGUUCAAUUUAAUAAAGUUGAUUUAGAAGCGACGUCUUUGGACGAUGAGAGCUCUGUGAUAUUAUUCGAUAUGCUAGAAUAUUACGAUUCAGCGAGACACCUGAAUAUUUCGUCGAAUCCAAACAUUCUGAUUCAGGGCUGGCACGCGUGCGCCAAUUUCAUAAGAAAGAGUCAAUGUUUGAAACAUUUCGAAGCUAAGGAUGUGACGCUUAACGAACAGCAUAUGAACAUUUUAAGUCGAGCAUUGCGGGUAGUCUGCCAUUUACACGUGCUAAAUUUAGAAAAUUGUGGACUUUCAGGAGGAUCGAUCGUCACACUAGUUUCAGCACUGAAAAUGAACACUGGAAUAAGAGAACUGAAUUUAGCCGACAACGGGCUUAAUUUCUACGACGCGAUACAGCUUGGUUCUCUUCUUAGGUUUAAUAACCAUAUACAACUUCUUGAUAUUAGCAACAAUAACAUUCAAGACGAUGGUGUUCGCGAUAUCUUAGAAGGUCUCAUUAAUCAAUUAAACGAAGACAAGGAUGGUAAAGGCUUAAAUGUAUUAAUAUUAUGGAAUAAUCAACUUACGCAAAAAUCGUCUCCCUAUUUUUCACGCAUUAUAGCAUUGUACAAAACCUUAGAAACAUUAAAUAUUGGAAAGAACACGUUGACCGAUGAAUUGUUGUUCGCCAUAAAGGAUGCAUUAAAAAAGAACCGUAUUUUAUUGCAAUUGGGGAUCCAAUCAACUGAACUUACGUGUAACGGAAUCGUCACAUUGUCCGAGAUCAUUGAAAUAAAUCAGGUUUUGCAAAGGAUAGACUUGCGAAAUAACGAUAUACAAAUGACCGGAUUAAGGGCUCUGAAUUCGGCUAUGAAAAAGAACAGAAGCAUCAUCAAGGUCGAUUUGGACGAUAAACCGAAAACGAUAGUAGAGGAUCUAGCGGAGACGUUGCACCAGUACUCGCAGCUGGUAGCCGAGAUCGAAGUUCGUUGCUCGGAGAACGAACAGAGUCGUACUACGGAAGAAAACAUCGAAGGUUUUGAUAGUUCACGUCAUAGCAUUCUCUGUAGCACGAAUUCUCGUAAGAUCUCGCUCACCUGUCAAACUCUACCAUGUUCUAUACCGACCAUGAUUACAAUACAGAGUAACGCAUCAGGUGGAUCGAUGCUCGAACCGAAACGUAUAAAUGGAGGUCGUCUACGUUCCCCGGCCCUUAGUCCAGCUUCUUCGCCGAUAGUUAGUCCGAUUCCAAGUCCCUCUCGAAGCCGUUUUGUAGUAUCCCGUGUUCCGGAAACGUCAUUAUGUUCAACAAAUUCCUCCCCAAUUACUAUAUCCCUGGAAUCACCAACCUGUCUCGCUUCUUCUGCAAGUGGGUCAUCUAGAUUUCGCGUUUCGGUCGUUGAAUCAGCAAAUACUAUACCUUCUCUUAAACCAGUUGUUCCUACGUCCAACGAUGACAUUUCUUACGAUUUAAAUUUUCAAAUCGACAGUGCACAAUCUAAAUUAGAAACGGAUAAUCAUCAAGAUAUAAAAAAUUUUCAGAAGACUUCGAGCAAAAUAUCUUACUUAAUUCCAAACGAAAUGGAAAAGAGGCAUAUAAGCACUAAAUUAGUUCUAAAACAAAGUGUGCAGUCUGUUGCUUGUAAAAACGAAGAAUUUCUCGACGUGCAAAGCUCAGAGAACAAUUGUACCAAUUAUAAUAAAGGCGAGGAAGUUUCCAGUUGUAUUAUACUAGACGAAUCUGUAACUGACGAAAAGCAUGACGUGCAAAACUCAGAGAAUAAUUGUACGAACUAUAGAAAAGACGAAAAACUUUCAAAUUGUAUUAUAGUAAGCGACGAAUCUGUAAUCACCGACGACGAUUGCACUCAGAAAGAGGCUCCGAAUUUAGACAAGUUGCUCGCGCUAUUCCAACAUCCGAAAUGUUUCUUUCCUAUUGGCCACUCUGAAAGUACAUUUCAAGAUGGGACGAACUUCCAUUGUUACUUAAACGAGAACAGAAAUGCUUCUAUACAAGAAACCAGUAAGUUGAAGUUUUUCAAUGUGUCACGGAUAUUUAAUUUUAAAGGUUUCACGAGCAUCUUUCCCUCGUAUUCAAAUUUUUUGCUCAGAAAAGAACUUAAAAAUAAUGUAAUUGGUACAGAAAGAAUCGAUAAUAACAAUGACAAUGAACUUUUAGACGUUCGUCUAAAGAAAGAAGUUAAUGUGAUCAGUUUAGGUGAUCGAUUAGUGCCAGAGGAAGUGCGAUCGAAAUUUUUAUUACCUGAAAAUUAUGUUGUUUCGAACAUGGCAAUCGACAGUUUGAAAAUGUUAAAUAAUGGUUUAUUAACUGGCGUCUCUGAGAGCAACAUUAUUGUACCUUUGUCUGUUUUGAAAGCAAGCAUCGAGGACGUGAAAGAAGCACUGGAGGAAGUAGAUCCCAUGCUGGCGAAAGAAACGUGUGAUAAAAGAUUAACGGACAGUAUUAAUUUUGCUAGUGAUAGUAACUCGUUGUUUUGUAAUAUAAUGCGUGGUGUAACGAAUGUAAACGACGCACGCGUUGUAAAUAGGAUCGAGAAUGUGCACAAUUUAGUAAUAUUAAAGUUAAACGCGAAGCAUUAUAUCGAAAAUGGUUCUGUUUUAAACGUAGAGAAUAAGCAGACCGAUUUCCCAUUGUGUGAUUGUAAUGUGUAUAAUAAAUCGGUGACGUGGAAGAUGAACGUAGGAAGAAAUUGUUCAAAUAAUAAAGUUACCAAAACGCAUAGUAUUUAUAAUAAUAAUAAUAAUCGUAGGAAAGAUUUCACAAACGUGCGUAGCGAUAAAGUAGGAAAAAGUUGGCAAAGCACUAUUGUAAAUAGUAGAUCAGGAUCGUCGAAGAAGAGUUUCAUGUACGAGGAUAUUAAUAUUGAUUCAGACGAUCCCUGUACAGAUUUAUAUACUUCGGUUAUUUAUAAAGACGUUACGAAUCCAUUAAGAAUACAAGAAGUAUUAAAAAUGCUCGCCGCAAAGAACGACAGAUAUUUUGAGUCGCGUGAUCCGAAAGAAACGAAAAUCGGUUACCUGCUGAUGGUGAAUUUGUUCAGUAGAUUCAAGAAAAUAGACAUUGUUUCUAUACCGAGAGCUUAUUGUUGCGUGACAUACUUCGAUAAGUCUAUUCCCAGAGAUCUUAUAUUUUAUGUAGACGAUUAUGUCAACAGGAUUUCCGACGAAGAAGACAACGCGUCAGAAAUUAUUUCCAGUAGUUGUCCGAACAAAGCUAUUAAAUUGGAGACCUCGAUUAAUGACUUAUCUCGAGUAUCGAACUCGGACAUGAAUUUUGUAAUUCAAAGGCCAGAGAAUCUUCAAAGAGGGAACGAAGAUUCUAGAAUCGAAGGGAAAAGCAUUUCUACCAGUCGUAGCAGUCAAGAAAGCAUGGGAUUUCAUAAAAUACAAAAAUACAAAGAAAACAAUGAUUCUGAAACUGACGAAAAAUAUUCAAUUGGGAAUUGGAAGAAAAGUGUAAACCCUUCAAAGAAAAAUGACACGCGCGGUAAUGCUAUGGACAAUAUAUUCAUGUUCCGGAAAUUCGGAUCGAAUAUCGUUCAACGCGUGAAGCUGACGAAUCCGGACGCGAUAAGCGACAUAACCCACAAGUAUCUGAACACAAUUAAAUGCGCGGUGGCUACGUCGAUGUGUUCGAAGGUUGCGGCGAACGCGAGAAAUAAUGCGACGGUCGAUAUUAUUUCCGACGAGAGCGCUAACGUUGCCGAGCCGUCGACGGUUAUUCACGCGACGAGGUACCUGAAAUCUUUGGGAGGAUUCAGCGUGACAAGGGACAGGACAAUUCAGCACAAAGUAAGACAAUAAAUAUGGACGAUGAAGAAACGGAAGUGAAGAAAGAGGUAAAUAGAAAUGAAGAUGCGGAAGUGGAAGAAAGGAGAUACGC